CUGAGAAAUCCUUUGCUGCUUUAGAACAGGAAGUGAUGUCAUGAUACUCUAGGAAUUUCAAAAAUCCCUAUGGCAAAACCAUAAAGCUUUCUGAAUGUUCUUUUAAACAGGAAAUGAUGCCAUAACACGAGGAAUGACUUCCAAGAAGAUGCUUCCCAGUGUUCCCAGGGCUUGCCGGUUGGCAGCUGGCAUCUCUUCCCAAAGUUACUGACAGCCGUCUAGCACAGAAGCAAUCCCCCAGUUCUCCGACCGCUUCGGUGGAAUCUGAUCUACUGGGAUCCACGAGACCGUUGGCCCAAUGUCAUCCCCCGACGAAGAGGAUCUCAUCCACACUUUCAAUGGAAUCGCCUUUACUACGAGAUCGUCACCUGAGCUUUUAAGAUCUCUGGCAACUUUUGAGGCUAGAGACGACGAUAUCCUCUUGGUGUCCUAUCCGAAAUCUGGAACUCACUGGCUUGCUGAAAUCAUCACGCACCUUUACACCUCGAAAGUGACGAUAACUUCUCCCAUCGAAUUUGGAGAUCUUUCCAAAUUGGAACAACUGGAACAUCUGUCCUGCAAGAGAAUCAUGCCUACUCAUUUGGAUGGCCACAUGUUGCCACCCACUUUCAGGCUCAAACAAUGCAAGGCGAUCUACAUUCUCAGAAACCCAAAAGACAUUGCUGUUUCCAUGUAUCAUUAUUACAGAGAGAAUCCGAACCUCCCUACCAUAGACAGCUGGCCUGAAUUCCUGGAGAUGUUCCUCAAAGGAGAUGUUGUCUGCGGAUCCUGGUUCGAUCACAUUUUAAGCUGGGAGAAAAAUACAGCGGACCGAAACACCCUGUUCUUGUUCUAUGAAGACAUGAAAAAGGACCUUCCGAAGGUGGUGAAGAAAGUGAGCACCUUUCUAGGGGUCAACGCCAGCGAGAGCAGAAUUAAAGAAAUCUGCACAAAGUCUUCAUUCAGUGAGAUGAAAACCAACACGGAGAAAGAAAACUACGAUCCCAACCGGACGGUCUGUGCCCUCACUUCCAACAGGAGGCUGAUAUUCCGAAAAGGGGCUGUCGGUGACUGGAAAAACCAUUUCACCCCCAAGCAGAACCGGAUGUUUGAAGAGAUGUUUGCUGAGAAAAUGAAAACCAGCAAAGUAGCGAAACAUAUCGUUUAUGAAUUCUGAUGGGGAAAAGAACAUAUCAGCCGCCUGCUGCCCGGGCCGAUGAAACGCACGGGCAGUUCUGUUGCAAAAGCAUCUGCUUUCUGAAUUCAUGCGCUAGGAGAUUUUCCCCUCCAGUGAGCAACGUGGAAUAAUGGAGGGGUCUGGAUUUAGAACAAAGGGGUGAAAUCCAAUCUGACUAAUAAGAUGGAAACCAACAAUGUUAGGACCCAAGAAAUAAAUUAUAUAUCGCUAUUUGCUGCACGCACACAAUCUUUUAGUUAAGAGUAAACUGUAGUAAAUAAAAACUGAAUUAAAAAAAAACAGUCAUAUCAAUCACGUUAAUAUGUUGUUGAAGGCUUUCGCAGCUGGAAUCAACCAACUGUUGUGGGUUUUCCGGGUUUUGUGGCCAUGGGCCAGUGAUUUUUGCUCGUAACGUUUCGUCCGGAUCUAUGGCUAGCAUCUUUAGAGGUAUGUUACGGUGAGAUGAUG